CUUGACACCCUCAAAUAAUUGGCACUCCUACUGUCACCUCCUGAAUCUCCCCCAAGAGAGAGCACGCAUAUAUCAGCAAUGGCAAUGAUCAGCGCCACCACCGUCGUCUUGGCCACCAGACCGUCGCCGGCUGCAGGGCUUCCUCAGUUGAGAGUGGCCAGGGCCGUGAGGCUGAGGUGCAGCUACUCCAAGGACAGCAAGAGGGCAUCUUUGGCUCUGGCUCCGGUGAUACUCAAGGGCGCGCCGCUGCUCGCUGCGGCGAGCGCCAUGUCGGCCGCAACGCUGGCGGAGGUGGACGAGCGGAUGUCGGCUGAGCGUACCCGGCUGAGCAACGACCUACUGGGGUGGAUCCUGCUGGUUGCCGUCGGCCUCGUCCUGUCCUUCUACACCGUCUACUCCUCCAUGCCCAUCCUCGACGAUGAUGAUGACCAAUCCAGCGCUGGCGGCAUCACUCUCUGAGCUCUACCACCACCAUCUUCUUCUCCUGCCUUCCUGAUAUGUGAAAGCCUCAAAAACUAUCACUCGGGUGAAUGCUGAGUUACUGAUUAUGUUACGACACUGUUAAAUCGUUGUGUGUCUGGCUUUGUAAUGCAGAUCUCUGAUUAAUCUAAGUUGUGUUAAAUCUCA